AUGGCUCACAACACCACCGCCAGUCGUGUGAAGCGAUUCCUUGGGAUCCGUCCCGAGGAUGAGCUCCAUGACGCCGACUUUUACGACGAUGGACUCUACCUCGAGUCUGAACCCUCGGCCAAGGAGGCUCUGGCUCAUCUGGUGCCCACCGCUGACGGAAUCAAACACUACUUCAGGGAGCUGUUUCCGUUCUGGGGCUGGAUAUUUCACUACAAUUUGACAUGGUUACUCGGAGAUCUCAUUGCUGGCAUCACUGUCGGGUUUGUUGUUGUCCCUCAGGGUAUGGCCUACGCUGGUUUGGCCAAUCUGCCCCCCCAGUUCGGAUUGUACACCAGCUUCGUGGGAUUUUUCCUCUACUGGGCCUUUGCCACCUCAAAGGAUAUCACAAUCGGCACCGUUGCAGUGAUGUCCACUAUUGUUGGAAACAUCAUACUCGACAUCCGAGCAACGCAGCCUGAACUCGAGGCUGAGGUCAUUGCACGAGCUCUGGCUUUGAUUUCAGGCGUGAUUCUGCUGUUUAUUGGACUUACCAGACUCGGUUUCAUCGUCGAAUUCAUUCCGCUCACAGCUAUCGGCGCCUUCAUGACUGGUUCUGCCAUCAGUAUCGCCGCUGGACAGGUGCCGACAAUGAUGGGAAUUUCGACUGUCAAGACUCGCGAGGAGACAUACAAAGUCAUUAUCAACACCCUCAAACACCUGGGCGAUACCAGGCUUGAUGCUGCAAUGGGGUUGUCGGCCUUGUUCGGUCUUUACUUUAUCCGCUGGUUUUGCGGCUUCAUGGGUCAACGCAGCCCCACCAGAUCCAAGAUGUGGUUCUUCAUAUCCACCCUCCGCAUGGCUUUCAUCGUCAUCUUGUACAUUCUCGUGAGCUGGUUGGUCAACAGAGGCGUGUCGGAUGAGAAGAAUGCCAAGUUCAAGAUUCUCGGCACUGUCCCAAGUGGUUUCCAACAUGUUGGUGCUCCUGAAAUCAACACUGAGAUCUUGUCCGCCAUCGCACCUCAUCUUCCGGUCACCGUUAUCGUCCUGCUGAUCGAGCACAUCGCGAUUUCAAAGUCUUUUGGGCGUGUCAACAACUACAUGAUCAACCCUUCGCAGGAGCUGGUGGCUAUAGGUUUCAGCAAUGUCUUUGGGCCAUUCCUCGGAGGCUAUCCGGCCACCGGUUCGUUUUCGCGUACAGCCAUCAAGGCAAAGGCUGGCGUCAGAACCCCCCUCGCCGGCAUCUUCACAGCCGUCAUUGUGCUACUGGCACUCUACGCGCUCACAUCGGUUUUCUUCUACAUUCCUUCGGCAUCUUUGGCAGCAAUCAUCAUUCACGCUGUCGGUGAUCUUAUCACACCUCCGCGGGAGGUGUACAAGUACUGGCAGACAUCGCCUCUCGAAGUUGUUAUCUUCUUCGCCGGCGUGUUUGUUUCCAUCUUCACCUCCAUUGAAAAUGGUAUCUAUGUCACAAUCGCUGCGUCUGGGGCUGUUUUGCUUUGGAGGAUUGCGAAAAGCCCAGGUAGCUUUCUGGGCCGUGUUCAGCUGCAGCACGCCAGCCGGGACAGUAUCCUCAAGAAGGAGAAUGUCGACCAAUCUGCCCUGGAUGGCGAGAAGCAUUCGGCGUACCUUGAUCUCGGCCGCCGUGACCAAUCCAACCCGCAGGUUCCCAUCACAUCACCGUACCCCGGCGUCUUCAUCUACCGAUUCAACGAAGGUCUGAACUACGUCAACUGCGCACGACACUUGGACAAGAUGACGGUGUAUAUCUACAAGCACACUCGAAGGACGCAGCUCAACAAGUACGACAAAAUCGGCGAUCGCCCCUGGAAUGAUCCAGGCCCGCGUCGCGGUCAGGUUGUGGACACUGAGGAGAUUGCUUCCAAGCCCAAGCUCAAGGCCAUCAUCCUUGAUUUCAGCGCUGUAAACGCCAUUGAUGUGACUGCCGCCCAGGCUCUUGUCGAUCUCAGGACUCAGUUCAACAAGUACACAGAUCCCGAGGUUGUGGAGUGGUAUUUUGCGGGUGUGACAAACCGGUGGACCAAGCGGGCGCUUGUCGCAGCUGGGUUUGGAGUUGACAGAGGCCAUGGCAUUGAAAGGGCAGGGGGGGGCCGGGAGGAUGUUGUGGCUGUUGCCGGGGUUGAUCCGGAUGUCACUGUUGGGAGGAAUGAGAAGGAAAGAGGGUCAGGGGAUGUGGACUUGGAGGCUGGUCACGCUGGCUCUGGUGAGAAGCGUGAUGAGAUUGCACCCGUCUCUUCUGGCGAGUCGAGACCAAGUGGGAAAAGAUUGGCGCCGAUCUAUGGUGUCAAUAGGCCAUAUUUCCACAUUGAUGUUGGGACUGCGGUUGCAAGCGUGGUGAGAAAUCUGGAGAGAAGAAGGGACACGGAAGACUCUAGCUUGGAGGUUUUCUAG